AAACGUGUCAAAGUAUACAUUACUUCACGGCAUCCUCUUCCUCUAUAUGAAGGCCCGUCCCCUAUAUAUACCACUUACUCAUUGCUUCUCAUAAAACCACAAUUCUUUACUAACUCUCCUCCAAAGUUGUCUCUCCUUCUUAAGUGAAACAACAAAAACCCAAAAUUCAAAUAAAAGAUCUAAUAUAUUAGACAAGAAAAUGGAUGAAAAAUUGCCAGUUAUAGGGAAAAAGUUGUGGAAGAUAGUCCGCCUGGCUUACUUCAUGCUGAGAAAAGGGUUAUCAUCAAAGAGGAAACUAAUGUUCGAUCUGAAUUUAUUAAUGAAACGUGGCAAAAUUGCUGGAAAAGCCGCGUUCCAAAAUCUCAUGUUCCAGGGACAUAAUAAUAUUAAUCAGGGAGCCCAUCAAUGCACUUCUCAAGAGUAUUACGAGUUCAGCUGCAGUAACAGCCCUGCUUUCCACCUCCCUUUCAACCUUAACAAGCGUAUUAAUAAUAAGCAUAAUCAGUCCGAACACGAUGACGUUUUAAUUAUGAAUGCUGCCGUUUUGAAGGCAUUGGAGAUGAUUCAGAGCGAAACAGCAUCACCUGCUUUGCCUGGAUUCGGGAGGACUCCAACGGUAAGGCAAUUAAGGAUCACAGACUCUCCUUUUCCUCUAACAUCAGACGGUGACAUGCUUAGCCACGUAGACCAGAAAGCUGAUGAAUUCAUUUCGAGAUUUUACAGAGAUUUGAGAAGAGAAGCCUCCGCUUUUGCUUAAUAGCUUGGAGUUUUUCUUUUCUUGUUGGGGUAUUUUUUACAAGAGUUUAUAAAUGUGAUAAUACGUCCCUCCCUUCGAUAAUUGCUUUCAUCCUAUAAUUAAUACAUUCAAGGCUGUGAUUUUGCAUCCACAAA